AUGGAAGGCUGGGGUGAAAUAUCACGAAUUGCUGCUACGGCCUCGUCUUCAGUAAUCGACAAUUCGAAGAUUACAUCACUACAAUUUGAUAAUCAACAGAAUUUGCUAUGGUGUGGUGACUCAAAAGGAACCACAAGGUCAUUUACACCUCAAUCAACGUCAAUUCCCAUGCCAUACCCAGCGUUGCAUUUAUCGCAAUAUUCGAAGUUUAAAACGAGUCUAGGGACUUCACCAGUUAAGCAAUAUUUAAAUCACCAGAAGGGAAUAUUAUCAUUACUGCAUAACUGUGUGAAUUUUAAUAAUAGAAGAGGAUUGACCCAAUUAUCGUUGAAUAGCGAACUGUUGAAGGAACCAGGCUUUAAUAAUCUAUCGUGUAUGACCUUUAAUUCCAACACCAACAACGAUUUAGUUAUAGCGGGAGAUUCAUUGUUUAAAGUAGAUUUAUUGAAGCCAAACAUGACUACUUCAUUCAAUCAUACAGGUAAAGUUUCUAUGAUUGAUAACACAUUAAACUACCUUACUCUUGGCAAAUCUAACGGUGAGAUCGAAAUAUUCGAUCCAGUAAGCAAUCAAACAGUUAAAUCGUUCUACGGCCAUAAUGGAUUACUCUCGGACAUAGAUGUACAAGGAAACUAUGUGGCAUCUUGUGGCUAUUCGUUACGCCCAAGACGAAAUCAAGCAUCUCAAAGUAGUUAUAUGAUUGAUCCUUUGGUAAAUAUUUACGAUUUAAGAAUGAUGAGGUCUUUGCCUCCAAUUCCAUUUCUGGCAGGGGCUUCAUUUGUCAAGUUUCAUCCUAAACUACCUAAUAUUAUGAUAAUUGCUUCGAGCUUGGGCCAAUUACAAUUUGUUGAUAUAUAUGAUCAGCUGAAUGUUUAUUUAUACCAGGCAGAUUUAAGUAACGUAAAUGCUUCCACACCUACAACAUCAUCGAACACAUAUUUAGCAAAUCUUGAAGUCAGUGGAAAUGGUGAAUUUAUUACGUUCAGUGAUGGAUUCCAAAACCUACAUUUAUGGUCGUUUAAGAAUAAUAACAGCAAGAACUUUAUAAAUUUUCCAAGUUAUUUAGAACAACCAGAUUUUAGUCCACCAUUUCAGCAGAAUCAUAUUAAUGUUGAUGAUGUGGUCCCAUUAUCAUCAAUUGGUAUGCCUUAUUACAAAGACUUAUUACUUUCAAAUUAUGCUUCCGACUUGCAUUUUACGAAAGAGUUGCUGAAAUUACCCAAUCAUUUAGAUCCCGAAUUAUUACAAAAUCAAUAUUCCCAAGUUCUUCCCUACAACACUUUGAAGUAUGGCAAAAGAAAUCUAAAUAAGUUUUAUGUACCGUUGCAAAAUAACGUGCUGACAAAACAAAAAUUGUUUCCAAAGUUUAUCAGUGAAAAAAAUGGCCACGACUCAUUUGAUAACGAGAAUAGCAAUAUUUUUGAAUAUAAAUUGCUGAACAAGUUUGAGGUUCCUAACUGUUAUUCAAAUUUGAAAAUCCAAUACUCAAAGUUCGGAGUCGAAGAUUUUGACUUCAGCUUUUAUAAUAGAACAAAAUACAGUGGUUUAGAAAAUCAUUUAGAUAAUUCUUAUAUUAAUUCGUUGUUGCAAUUAUAUAAAUACAGUCCAGUUUUCCAGAAUUUCAUUAUCAAACAUUUACUAAAGGAAUGGCUACCAAAUGAUUUGACAACUAUUAUACAAAAUGGUAAUCCACAAGGAUCUUCAAUUCUAAACGAAUUAGGUUAUAUUUUUGAUAUGAUGAAUAAAUCUCAUGGAAAAAAUUGCAAGACUUCGAAUUUUUCCAAUGUUUUGAGUCAAAACCAGGUGGCCCAAAUGCAAGAAUUGAUCAAUAAAGAUGAUUGUAAAAACUUAAAUGCAUUUGAAAUACGAGCUAUAAUUGGUAAAUUUAAUAAAUUUUUAUUAUCUACGUGUAAUAACGAUUUAUUGAAUCAAUUUAAUACUUCAUUAAGUGAAAUUACGAACAUAGGCUAUGAAAUUGAGAUUAAAAGUAAUGGUUGCAAUAUAAACAACGUUAACUACAACAGUCAGUUGACGGUUGACCUAAUGAGUCCCCCAAUUAAUAAACUAAGCAUUCUAAUUUCCGCUAACUCGACAUCAGCAACAAAGAAAAAUUUGAAUAUUUUGAAUUAUCUCGAUUAUUCCAUGAACCAAUUCAAAACAAUUAAGUGUCAGCAGUGUAAUAAUUCAUUUCCGCACCUUUUAGAAAUAAGACAGUCGUUAGUUCAUUUACCACCUGUUAUUCUGAUAAAUGUGAACUUCACGGGACAAGAAUUCAAUCUAAUCCAAAAUUUCCCGAAUUGGCUCGUCCCUGAAUUUUAUACUUAUGGAAUGAAUAAUAAAGUUAGCUUUAAGCUACAUAGUAAUGAUAAUCUUUCAAAUAAAUAUGAGCUAUUGGGGUAUGUUUGUGAAAUAAACGUGGGUUCAGAAUUUUUGAAGGGUAAACAUAACUUAGUAUCAUACAUCAAAAUUGAAAGCAAAUGGUACUUAUUUAAUGAUUUCUUAGUGAUGCCUAUUCCUGAGUCUGAAGUUUUUGACUUAUCUUAUCAUUGGAAGAAACCCAUCAUAGUCAUGUAUCAGUUAGCGAACCAUGCAGAUUUUGGAAGCUUUCAGCAGCAAUCUUUCGCUCAAUUACCGGACUUAAAUGACUCGAUAUUAUAUCGUGAUCAUUUCGCUGGUGGAAUCAGGGAUUCCAUUAAACGAGAAUAUGAAUUAUUGACUAAAGACGAAGCACCUAAUGCAGGUACAUUAAUAGCAAUCGAUGCAGAGUUUGUGGCGCUAAACCCGGAGGAACUAGAAGUUCAUUACGGUGGUGUCAGGAACCUAAUUAAGCCUAGGAAUCUUUCUCUUGCAAGAAUUUCUGUCCUUAGGGGUGAUAAUGGGCCCAAACAAGGUGUUCCGUUUAUUGACGAUUACAUUAUUCAUACUUGCUUUAUCGAUGAUUAUUUGACAAGCUUUUCUGGUAUUGAACCAGGCGAUCUAGAUCCAUCAAGUUCUACGAAAACCUUGACAACCUUGCAGACGUCAUAUAGGAAGUUAUGGCUUUUAUUAAACCUAGGAUGUAUAUUUGUUGGCCAUGGUUUACAGAAUGAUUUUAGGUGUAUUAAUUUACAUGUUCCUAAAAACCAAAUUAGGGAUACUGCCGAUUUCUUUUAUCUACCCGAAUUGAAACGUAAAUUAAGCUUGAAGUUCUUGGCUUAUAUUUUAUUAAAGGAGAAGGUUCAAACUGGUAACCAUGAUUCAAUCGAGGAUGCUAAUACAGCUUUAUUGUUAUAUAAAAAGUACCUUGAAUUGACAGCAAUUGGUGAGUUCGAAUCCACCUUACACAGAAUAUAUAUGGAUGGUCAACAAUUAAGAUUUAGAGUACCCGAUUCAUAG